AUGUCUCCGGAAUCAUCUCAUGGCAUCUGCUCGGGCGAACAGCCAGGCAACGACGUGUCGUUCAAGCUCAAGAGCCACUACCAUACAGACCGUACCGGUGAUCAGCACAAGGAUGUCACCAUCAAACAGAACACGGAUGGGAUGUGCAUGAAUAUGGACUGCCAGAUGAGUAGUCUGGAUAUUGACAGCGCCGACAACUGUCCCAACGGCCAGGUUCAUAUCAGUUAUUGGCAAAACUCCGACUGCUCUGGUCAGUAG